AUGGAACUGGAUCGUUUUCCAAGCAAUGAAGACAAGAUCAACUCUGGGAUGUGGAUUUAUGUUUUUUCUGAGGUAACGACGCUACGAAGUCAUGUGAGUAAUAUGCGCAAGGUCAACACCGGGGUCCAAGAAAGGCUUCAGCUUGCAAUUUCUUCGACAAACCCAGCAUUUCUGAAACAUCCACUGUCUCCUCUACGCCAACACAAUCUGCGUCUGAAGUCAGGCAGUGGGGUGAAAGUGUACAACAUCAACGUCGUGAAUCCGAGUGGCGACAUUGAGGAACUGGUCAAAGGGCCGGCCAUUUAUCUCGAUGAUAGCAAUGGCGCCGGCAACUUUGUGAUAGGCAAGGAUGCGAAAGCGUGGUUUGAGUCUUGCGACAUCGAUUCCAUUGAAAAGGGAUGGAUCACCGCCAAUGGCAACAAAAACUGCUCGAACUCGUCCACUUUCGUCUUUAACCAUGCAAAUGUGUUUGGAUGCAGUGGUGUACACACGACGUACCUCCGUCGUCCAUGGUCCCCCUAUGCUCGCGUCGUGUGGCAGAAUAGCGAGCUGAGUGAUGUCGUUAAUCCUGCAGGCUGGGAUACUUGGAACGGGGACACCGACACGUCUCGCCUAUAUUUCAAGGAGUACUGCAACAGUGGCCUCGGCGCGGAUACGUCCAUGAGAGCUAAAUUCAGCGACCUGUUAUCUGGUCCAGUAGACAUCACGGAAAUUCUGGGCCAAGAUAACAAAUCCAUGUGGUGGUUUGACUCGACAUUUUUGUAA